AUGGAGCUUGGAGAGCCUGCUGAGCCCGCGAAUAGCGACCUCGUCUCACGCUUGCAUCAAGCAAUAGUCGCCGGGGAUGAAAGCCUCGCGCGAGAGCUUCUAGGCAAUUUGAACGCCGACACCGACAUAGACAUCGCAGAAGCCGUUGGUCCCAGCGGGCGCACUGCUCUCCAUCUCGCCGCGGAACACAAGCAGUUCUCUCUCCUCUCGUAUCUGUUGGACCAUGGCGCCAACGUUAACGCUGUGGACACCGCAGGCCGCACCCUGUUGACAGAAGCUGUGCGCCUCAACGACGUGCCGACCGUGACACUCCUUCUCGAACGCGGCGCUGACCUUGAGCUCCCGGCACGAAACGGAGAAAAGCCGCUGUGGAUAGCGGCCAGGCAAGGCUAUGAAGUCCUGGCACAGUUAUUGCUACAAUGCAAUGCUAGCGUGGAAUCCUUGAACCCGGUGGCUGGUACGACAGCGUUGUUUGAGGCGGUCGGUGGAGGACACAUCGAGCUUGUCAAGCUGCUUCUUCGCAGCGGCGCCGACGUUGACGCGAGGCGGUUAGACCUGGGCGAUGUUUCUGUCAGACCUCCUUCGGCUAUGCCGCCUCACCCACCGCCUGUCCCACAGCUCCCACCGGCGGCUGCUGGUCAAGGUCCCAUGGUGGUGGAGGUUCGGCCAGCCAAGAAAGGUGGUACUCAUCGCCAUCAUAAGAACAAGAAGGCAAACGUACCGAUGCUGGGAUGGAUGCCGGGGAAGGCGGUCUCCGAGCCACCCCCCGGAAAACCUGGAAAAGGCUUUCGUCGGCCCAUACGCCGACACGCGCAAAUGGCCUCCAGCUCGAGCGAAGACGAUGAUGAGGACAAGAACGACAUUCCCUCCGGCGCAGCGCCUGGGGAGUCGAAUCACCAGGCUCCGAUCAUCGUGCACCCAGCUGGCCCUUCACGUCAUCACCGCCCUCUUGCGCUGGCCCCGGCUCCCCCACCAAAGUACACGGGGGGAAGGGGUGUUCCCAUGUGGCCUGGGGGAAAGGGUGUUCCCGCGUGGGCUGGUCUGCCAAUAACAAUUUGGGAGUCACCUCUACACCGGGCCGUCUCGAAUGGCGAUCCGGAAGUAGUCAAGCUUCUUCUUCAGCACGGUGCAGAAAAGGACGCGCCAGGGAAAGACGGGCGAUCCGCGAGGCAGGUUGCUGAUGAGCAGCACCUCGGCGAAGUGCGCGCGUUGCUGCGUGAUGGCCUGCUGCUAGAGGGUCCCGCGAUUGGGCAAGAAAAGGAGAAGUCGCGAGCACCGCCCGUCGUGGUGCCACGGGCGUUUCCGCCUCCUCGGGAUAACCGGGCGAAGAUGGCGGCGUGCCGGACCUUUCAGGCGACCAUCGUGGAGUUCUACAGUGAGAAUAGGGAGCAACGAUAUCAACAGUCAGCUUCAAUCUACGAUUUGCUGUACAAAAAAGGUCCUGAGGCGAUUCUCAAGGCUGGACGACCGGAGAGCGUGACUGGCAAGACUCCCACUUUUACGUGGUACCAUCUGCCGGCAAACAACAUGGAAUGGGUAGAGGUCUCCCGCCACGAAGCCCCCGGGGGCCGCCGGGGAACGAAGAAAGGGCAACAGACCCAGGCCCGAGAACCACGCCAGGCCCCGGAUACCCCGCUCCCCCAGCGGAGAACCCAUCACGGACGGCCACACACCCGCAUGUACAUCUAUCUCGAGGUUACUUCCGGGGAGGAAGAUGGCAACCUCGACGUUCUCUCGACGGAUAUUUCUACGACCAUCUCUCAAGCACGACAACGCGAGAUGGGGACCAAGUCGUUCUCCGACCGAGAUGACGUCCAAGGCGGAUUCCAGUUUCUGGAUUUCUUCGAGCGCGAGAUCGCACGUGUGAGUGACACUGCGAUACAAAUGCUGGAGGAGUUUAAGAGCCGGCUUGGACGGACGGGAACCGCUGCAAGUAACGAUUACUCGAUGGACAUCCAAAGGGAAGUCAAGCUGUUGGUCGAAGUACAAGACAUCUGCGACGAGCUCGAGAUCCUCCAAAAGAUAUUCGCAGACCAGAACAACUCCGUGACGGAAUUAAGUGACAUUAUCUCCUCCGCCAAGAACAGGGAUAAGCCAUGGAAAGGUAGUCGUUCGACUAUGCUGCACACAGAGCGAGCAGGCAGACUCAAGCAGAUUGCCAAGGGGACCAAGAAAUCGCUCUACCAUCUCCUGGAUCUCAAACAGAAGCAAGCCGGUUUCUCUGUUGCCAUCGAUGCGCGCAAGCAAGCCGAAGCAACCGCAGAGCAAACUCAGCUCGUCGCGGACAAUUCCAGCCUCACCGCUCAACAGCUAAAGAUGAUGGCGAACCAGGCCACGGAAUCAGGCCGGCAGACCAAGACACUGAUGGUGUUUACGGUUGUGACGAUCAUCUUUCUGCCCUCGUCAUUCAUGGCUGCCGUAUUCGCCAUCAACCUCGAUGUUUUCCCCUGGAAUGACAACGACAAGCUACCGUUUGACUAUUUCCUCAAAUAUCUUUUCGCCAUCAGCCUAGCCAUAACCACCCCGCUGGUCCUCCUCGCCUUCAACCUCUCACGAAUCACAACCUGGCUAAAAUCUGCAACAAACUGGAUCUCUAGUGUCUUCAACAAAAGCCUCCCCCAGGACCACCCCAACAUCCCCUGGCCGCUGGUCAUCGGCCUCUUGCUCACAUUAAUCAUCGAGGCAGCUGUGAUAGCGGCCAUUUGGACCGCCCCACUAACCAAUGGGAUCAAGGCGGCUGUGACGGCUACUACGUCUUUUGUGGCUGCCGCGGUGAUCAUCGUGCUUAUUCUACGUGCUUUGACUUCUUCGGCUGCACGGGGGCUGUACGACUCGGACGCGUCAACGGAAGUGUCCUCAGACCGGGGCACGUUGUAA